UUGUUUUUAAUAAUCUCGUAUAUUUUAUUGCUAACUUUCUCAAGACCAUGUGUGAAGAAAAGAAACAACUCAAGGACAAAAUCUUUUUCGUAUGGAAUAUAUGGAAAACAGAUAAGUUCUCUAACAAAUAAAGAAAUAGAAGAAGCACGUACAAAGCCUUGGGUUGAAAUCCUUUCUCCUGAACAGCUAGACGAGUUUGUUUCAAAUUUUACACUUUCUCCAUUUCCAAGCUAUGUUUCUAAGAAUAUUCCAGAAAAUUAUAUAAUUAGAAUGAAUUUACAAGCAUGGCGAGCUUAUCUCUUUGGGCCUAACUUUAUAACUACUAAUAAAUUCUACUUUCAAAUGGUAGAUUACAUCGUAACCAAUCCCGACCGUGCUCCGUGUAGUUUAUUGAGAUCGAAAUUUAAUAUUGAUCCAAAAACGAUGCAUUAUCUUUGUAAAAAGCUAUCAGAAAGGGGUAUUAUUGAAGAAAUAAAACAAGGGAAAGAAACGGUAAUAAAACUUAACAAGGUUAAAGAUAUGUCAAAACAGAGGAAUGAUGAGCAUCCUAUUUUUAGUGAGGAGAAAUCUAUUGACGUUUCAAAGAUGGUGUUCUACCAAAAUAUUCCGUUGAUUGAUCAAAUUAAAAUGCAUGCCAAAUGCCGUGAAAAUGGAUUAGGUACAAAGGAAUUGAAUGAUAUUACAGGAAUAUCGUUAAAAAAUGCGCUAAAACAUUUGCAGAAGCUUUGUGAAGCCCAUCCUGAUUAUUUUAAAAUGGUUAAUUCAAUUGAGCAUGGCCACACUACAUUUAAGGUGUUUUCAAUAGAAAAUCUUAAUAAAAGAAAUCAAAGGAAAUUGAAAAUGAUGCAGAAAACUGUGGAAAUUGAAAAUGAUGACCCAGAUGUCGAUCCAAUUUUAACAUCAAAAGAUAGACAAGAGGUUUUGAAGAUUAUCGCAAAAAAACAUGGCCAUUUUAUCCUUUCAAAGCAAAUAUUUGAGGAAAUAUCAAGAAUGACAGGGUAUCCAUAUAAUAUAGAUCGCAAAAAUCUAAUUAGUAAUGCAGAAGCGGCAGGAUUGAAAGUGUUUAAACUUUCAGAUCCACCAACGAGAAGAUAUGUGAUUGCCUUGCCACAUUGCGAUGAAUCAAUUUUAAACCAGUACGUGUCUGCACAUGAAUCUAUACCGAAAAAUGAAUCAGAUGAGGAGAACAAAUUCUAUAAAAGCGUUAAAAAAUAUUUUAUGAACAUCAGCAAAUGCAUUAUAGCUGAUAAUGGAUACUGUGAUAAUUCGGACAUAAACAUCGGUAUUCUUUAUGAGCAUAUCAAAGAAAUACACAGGACUAACAAUUCUAAAAAAAAAUCAAAAGUAAGAAUAAUACCGUUAUUCAUAAUAUUAAUAAGACUACCAAUAGUACUAUUGAUGAGUUUAAUAUUCGUUUUAUACAGUUUGAUUAUCAAACUGUUAUGUCAAUGA